UCAAUUUUUUGUUUUCUAGGUUCCCUUUUCAGGUUUUCUGGAAGUGGGUUUGCAUUUUUAUAUUUCUGUUAAAGCCUCUUUUUUGGAAGGAAAGUAUCUGUUCGGAGUUGUGUGAUUGACUUGUAUUCUCUGCCUACUUGUGCCAUCACUCUUUUUCUCGCUUACUUUUGGUAUUCUUUUCCUUGUCUCUUUUACUUCAUCUUUGAUAGAAAAGAGUUUUGAGCAGCUUUUUUUGAGUAUAUGGGCGUAUGGUUUUGGUACUUUUGGUUGAGAUUGAGGCUCUGCUUUGUUUAUUCAUUGUCUCUUACAAUUUUACCAUUGAUGAUUUGCCACGGCUGACGGCAUUCGAAUAUUCCGACGUCUGAAUCCCUUCAUUACUGUGUUGGUGGAGAUAAAAUGCGUGGGUAUUAAUCAUGAGCAUCACAGCAAUUGUAGCAGUUCCAGAGCAUAUUAGUCGGAUCUAAAUUUUAAGCUUAUACUGUAUUGUCUCAGUGAUGGCCUCAAAGACUGUCUCCAGGGCUCCUGUGGCACUGCAACAAAAAGCUGUUGGCGCCCAUCAAACAACCAAGGGCCAUGAUCUCAAAAUUUUACCUUCUCAGGUCUCGGUGACUAUCAAGCCCAAGCUGGUUAAUUCUGCCGAACAAUCAGCCGAACCUCGUGGCACGACAGCGGGAGCACCUACCGAAGCUGUUGACUCCAAAAGAUCUCCAACUAAUCUGAAUGAUUCAUCGAAUUCUGGUAGCUCAGAUUCCAAGGUUUCUUCCACCAGAUCUGAGCAAGUGUCUAAAACAGAUCUUGAUGUACAUGAUACUAGAAGCUCACGGGAAAAUUCAGUUGAUCAAGAAAAGAAAGCGUCUGAGCCAGGCAGUGUGAAGAACAGUUCAGGUUUUGCAGAGGUUAGUGAUGGAGCCAAUAGUCUUGCAAAAACCAGUGGAAGUGCCAAAGUAAGUGAUCGGGCCGAUAAUGUUGAGAGUGGGAAAAGCAGCAUUUGUCGAGGGAGCACAGGUAGUGAUGUGAGCGACGAGAGCACUUGUAGCAGCUUCAGCAGCAGUAUCAACAAACCCCAUAAAGCAAAUGAUAUGCGUUGGGAAGCCAUCCAAGCUGUCCGAGCCAGAGAUGGUGUGUUAGGAUUGAGCCAUUUCAGGCUGUUGAAAAGAUUAGGUUGUGGUGAUAUUGGGAGCGUUUAUCUGGCCGAGCUGAGUGGAACUAAAUGUUACUUUGCGAUGAAAGUUAUGGACAAGGCAUCACUAGCAAGUCGUAAGAAGCUUCUUCGUGCUCAGACAGAAAGAGAGAUCCUGCAAUCUCUGGACCAUCCCUUCCUUCCUACUCUCUACUCUCAUUUUGAGACUGAAAAAUUUUCGUGUUUGGUAAUGGAAUUCUGCCCUGGAGGAGAUCUGCACACUCUUAGACAGAGACAGCCAGGAAAAUAUUUCUCUGAACAAGCAGUGAAAUUUUAUGUUGCAGAAGUGCUACUUUCGCUGGAGUACUUGCACAUGCUUGGGAUUGUAUAUCGUGAUCUUAAGCCAGAGAAUGUCCUUGUUAGGGAUGAUGGACAUAUAAUGCUCUCAGACUUUGAUCUUUCACUUCGUUGUGCUGUUAGCCCGACUCUGGUCAAGACCUCAUCUAUUGAUUCGGAUCCGCAGCGUAAAAAUUCCAUGUACUGUGCCCAGCCAGCAUGCAUUGAACCAGCGUGCAUUCAGCCAUCAUGUGUUGUUCCAACAACAUGCUUUUCCCCUCGUAUCUUUUCUAGCAGAUCCAAAAAAGAUAGAAAACCCAAAACUGAAAUUGGCAACCAAGUUAGCCCCUUACCUGAGCUGAUCGCUGAACCAAGCAAUGCUCGUUCAAUGUCGUUUGUUGGAACCCAUGAGUAUCUGGCACCUGAGAUCAUCAAAGGAGAAGGUCAUGGAAGUGCAGUGGAUUGGUGGACUUUUGGGAUCUUUCUUUACGAGCUUUUGUUCGGUAAAACUCCAUUUAAAGGAUCCGGUAACAGAGCCACAUUAUUCAAUGUUGUCGGACAGCCUCUUCGAUUUCCAGAAUCACCCGUUGUCAGUUUUGCUGCUAGGGAUCUGAUUAGGGGUUUACUUGUAAAAGAGCCGCAGCACAGAUUGGCCUAUAAAAGAGGCGCAACAGAGAUAAAACAGCACCCUUUCUUCGAAGGAGUAAACUGGGCUUUGAUACGCUGCGCCACCCCUCCUGAGAUCCCAAGGCCUGUUGACUAUGAUCGAUUGCCUACCCCAGCCGCACCAGCUAAUGAAAAGGGCGCCAUUGCUGCCACCGAUCAGAAAAGUGAUAAAUAUCUUGAGUUUGAUUUCUUUUAGUCAUUAUUGUUAUUGUUUGAAGAUUGUUAUUAUAAGUUAUGGAGAAGACCAUCAGGAAGAUGGUCGAUUUCUUUAAAACUGUAGACUGAUUAAGAGCCGUAUGUAUAUUGCUGCUGCCAUCUACCGGUUCAAGAAAGGUCGAUGGGAGGUCUUUUCUUGAACAUCGUGGCUGAGAAGCUGAUUAAAUGGUCUCAAUCGCCUGAAAGUUGAAACUAUUGUGUGGCUCUCAACGGCUUGAGAAGCAUGGGAACUGGAUAACUUGUGGGCACUGCAGGAUGAAUCUCAGCUAUUGAAUUGAGCUAUGUAUAAUUGUUUUCUCAUCAUUUCUAGAAAAGGUUGAUGAAUUUUAAGGCAUUGUAGGACCAAGUUUAGAUGCAACCUCAACUUUGUAGGCCCUAUACUCACGUUUGUGUGUCCUGACAUUUCAACCACUCGGCCAGACACUGCCAGUUGCGACUUAAUUCGUCAUGAACUUUUCCUUAGGUUGGAUGCCAAGAAAGAAAAUCACAGGAAUUUGUCAUUGUAAAGGUUUAUAUCCUCAUUCUAAUUUAUGAAGUUUUUAUUAGUUA